AUUAGUGACAAGUAAGUCCCUUCGCACGCCAGGCUAAAAUGGCCCGUCAUCGCUUGUCUAAUCCAUCAACCGGCCCAGCCUGCGGCCAUUUCUCUUGGCCUCCCAGCACAGCCCAACCCGGGCCACGACCACCAUUUCAAGGCCCAGCUUGGCCGUACAUCAUCGCCGUCUGGCGCAACCUCGCCCAUUCUCGCCUCCUGGACGACAGCGCAUCCAGGCCAGAUUGUGACGUCUUGGCGCAACUGUGUGAACCCACACGACGAGAGAGAGAGCGAGCGCCUGGACCCAACCAGCGGAAACUUUAAACGCCAGGUCCCAUCGAAACAAAUGCUCCAAAAGUCCACAGCCCCAUUAAAGCCUCGCACGUCUCCACGCCGCCGCGCCACGACCGUGUCCCUCUGCGAUAUAAGUGAACAACUCGCCUCUCCUUCUCACAAGAAAACCCUCUCUUGGCCUCAUCAGCCCACACUCGAAGCCAGACACGAGAGAGCCCGCCAACAGUGAUGCCUUCCUCCUUCCGCCUCGCCAACCCCGAGGCGGCGCCUCUCGCGAUGGCGCAAACAUCGCCAUUUGUUGUCUUUAGAAAACCCCACGAUUCUCACCCAUCGCUCGACCAUCUCAUCCUGCUGGUUUUCGAGGCUGUGAUGGAGGUGGUGUGCGUCAGCUUGCCCGGCUACAUCAUCGCGAGGCUGGGCCACUUCGAUGCCGACAAGCAGAAGUUCCUGGCGAACCUCAACGUCAUGCUGUUCACGCCAUGUCUAAUCUUCACCAAGCUUGCUUCUCAGCUCAACGCCGACAAGCUUAUCGAGCUCGCCGUCAUUCCUAUCAUCUUUGUCAUACAGACCAUCGUGUCUUAUCUGGUUGCACAAGGCGUUUCCCGGCUUUUCGGAUUCCACAAGAGAGCGUCAAACUUUGUCACGGCCAUGGGUGUGUUUGGGAAUUCGAACUCACUCCCAAUCUCAUUGGUGAUAUCACUCUCGCAAACCCUAAAGGGCCUCCACUGGGACAGGAUACCUGGUGACAAUGACGACGAGGUUGCCGCCCGUGGAAUCCUCUACCUGAUGAUUUUCCAGCAGCUCGGCCAGCUGGUGCGAUGGAGCUGGGGUUACCACGUCCUUCUGGCCCCAAAGGACAAGUACGACGACUACGACGACGAGAGAGUUGAAGAGGGCCGCUAUGCAGGAGAUGCCUUGGGCAGCGAGGAGACGGACAACUUACUACGGCCUGGAGACGACGAAGACGCCGACGACCACCGGGAUAGUGCGUCAGACACCUACGAGCCUGCUGGCCGUACCCCCGUGGCGAACCAAUCACGGUCAUCCCUUGCUGACCUUGCCGACGACGACGGUACAUCUACGCCCAAGAAGAACGUGUAUGGUAGGCACCACUACAAAACGAACUCGGCGCGCCCUAGUACUGCGGACACGAUUGGCGAGAGCUUGCACAACGACAGCAUUCUCUCCUUCCCCCGCAUCCGUACCCACGAUGACGAGGCCGAGAUUCCGGAGGGAAUCAAGGGCUACCCAGGCCGCUGUCACCGCUGGGUCAAGCAGACGAAGCUGAAGACGACAGCCGCUGUCAACAGGAAGCGCCACGAGGCGUAUACCCGCCUGCCCCCUCCCCUCCAGCGCGCGGUAGACUUUCAGCAGAAGGCCGCGGCCAAGUUGAGCAAUUUCCUCUGGGAGUUCAUGAACCCGCCGUUGUGGGCGAUGCUCGCGGCGGUGAUCGUCGCUUCCGUCCCGGAUCUACAGAGGCUUUUCUUCGAGGAGGGCUCGUUCGUCAAGAACAGCGUGACCAGCGCCGUCAGCUCGAGCGCCGGCGUGGCCGUCCCGCUCAUCCUUGUCGUGCUGGGCGCCAACUUGGCACGUAACACGCAGAAGCGUGACGCCGAGCCCGAGGAGGCCGUGAUCGGAGGCAAGCUGCUGGUUGCCAGCCUCGUCUGCCGCAUGCUGCUGCCCACGCUGAUCAUGGCGCCCAUCCUCGCCGUCUUCGCCAAGUACGUGCCCGUGAGCAUCCUGGACGACCCCAUCUUCGUGAUCGUCUGCUUCCUCCUCACCGGCGCGCCGAGUGCCUUGCAGCUGGCGCAGAUCUGCCAGAUCAACUCGGUCUACGAGAAUGUCAUGUCCAAGAUCCUCUUCCAGAGCUACGUCAUCUGGAUCCUCCCCUCAACCCUCAUCCUGGUCAUGCUUGCGCUUGAGGUCGUCGAGUGGGCCGCAUAGGUGCACCUACACUCCCGGGUUGUCAUCCCUCAUUUUCUUUUUGUGAAUUCAUUUUCGGGUGGCUAUACAGAAAACACAAGGCAGGGUGCUGGCGAAAGAAGCAUAGACGGCUGGCAUUGGUUGUGGCGUUCAGCGGCGGCGUUCUUGGUCCGGCGCAAGGUUUGUCAGGGACUCAUAAAGGGGACCCUUCUCAGCGCGAGGUUCUUGUCUUCAGACCUCAAUGUGAUAUGGCUUGAACAGUACAUAUGAUGGCAUUGUGGAACAAGACACGAGGUACGGGCGGUAUUAUAGGGUAGGCAUAGAAUCAAAACGAAUUACCAAAGUCGGUUACAUGCCCUGUUGAUCAACACAAUACAUACCGUUGUGAGGGCUGGUUCAUUUCGAAGGGCUUGUUGAAUGCCCAAGAUGCUUCUGGGCGGUGAAGUUUGAAAUGUCACAGGAGGCUUUGAACCCGGAUCCAUU